CCGAAGCUGCGAUCUUUACUUGCACGUGACGUGCGUUGAUCCCAGCCUCUGUACCUAGAAGUCGAGUAAUCAACCUCUACCCACCGCAACCGCUCACAUACAUCGGCUCGCGCAAUCUUGUCAUAUCUUCACGCCCAUCAUUCACCCACCAUGUCUCCAGAACUGGGAAAUCGGAAAUCCUCCGGGGAUGUUGUCCAAGGAGGGGCUCUGUUGAUUCUGGAAUACCUUCGGAAGCAGAAUCGUCCCUACUCGGCCAACGACGUCUCGAUGAAUCUACAGAACGGAGUCACUAAGGCCUACGCGAGCAAGGCCCUCAAGGAACUACAUCACAGCAAGAAGAUUGCAGGGAGAACAUCCGGGAAACAAACCAUUUACCACGCCCUACAGGAAGGCCCUGACGAUGCCAUGUCAGGAACAAUGGCUGUGACGGAUAAAGAGACCCAGGAACUGCGACAACAGCUCGACCGCCUCAAGGAAGAUGAAAAAAGGGCGCAUGCAGAGCUGCUAGCCCUUAGUACAAGGCCCUUGCUUUGCGAACUCCGGCGUGAUAUCGAUCAGUUAGAAAAGGAAAUCGAAUCCACUCUCACACACUUGUCACGGAACGGGGAGCUCGAUUCUGGUGGCAUGCCCCAGGAGAGCUUGGCCGAUGUCAGUAGAGACUGGAGACUGUGGCAAAGGCAUGCCAACACCCGCCGUCGGAUUUGUUUCGACUUGUGGCAGAGGUGCUCGGAGGACAUCCCAGGGGACAUGAGUCGAGAUGAGCUCUGGGUGCGUAUAAUAUCCCCUGCAUCGAACAGCAUGGGUACACUAACCCAGGCACGCAGGAAUCCUUAGGGCUCGA